UAACGGUAAUGGGAAUGUAUCUAUUAUGGCUGCUUCUAGUGACGGAAAGGACAAAGGUUGUGUGGAUAACAAAUUGACCUUAUGGGUUGGUAACUUAGACAAGCGACUGAGCGAGUAUAAUCUGCUGAAAAUUCUUCAGCGGUUUGGUGAGAUCAAGAGCUUUGACCUCCAUUUUCAUAAAUCUGGUGCAAGAGAGGGGGAGCCAUCUUAUUGCUUUGUUGAGUUUAAAACAUUCCAGGAAGCAGAAAAUGCACUGCUUGGAUUGAAUGGCAAACUAGCUCUGUCCAAACCUCUGAGUGUUAACUGGGCAAGGAAACAAACUGGAGAGGCAGGAAAGAAAGAGAAAGAUAAAGCCAUACCAACCACUCCAAGCUCAUCACAAAGUUCAUUAGAUAGCUGUGAUUCUAAAAUACGAGCAAUAGAGGCCAAGCUCAAACUGAUGGAAAGUGGACACAAAAAUGACCUGUCUAGUAGAGGAAAACAUCCUCUUCUAGUUCAGAGUGAGCAAGUAAGGUCUCACCCAUACAAGAAGCAGGAAAGAUACAGCAGAGGAAGAGGGAGACAUGCAAGAUGACAGUGAUCUCUGUCCCCAGUUUACUUUUGAACUCUUUAACUCCCAAGAUCUGAUUGUUAAUUCUCCCGUUAGCUGCUACCAAUUUCCUUGUAAAUUAGAAAAAUUUGGUGUUAGAUCAAGAGAACAACUUCUAUCUGAUAAGUUGAAGUAUUCUUAUUAUCUGUUUGUAGGAUAACAUGGAUGUUUUAGGGAGAAAUUACAUGUUAAUCACAUCUGGGGGUUAAAGGGUUAAGUACCUAGCUUAGAAAUAGUUUUUUCACUACAGUGAAAUUUUUGGUAGAAGAUUGUUAUACAGAAGUUGUUACCAGUAGGGUCAUUUUCAAAAUGCAUAUGACAACUUCAUUAUUGGGAUGAUAUGCAAAAAGAAGCUGUUAAUGGAAUUCAGCUGAGAGACAAACAGCAUGGGAAUUCUGAAAGUGAAUAGAAUAGUUUUCACAGAUCCAGAGGUUAAAUAUUUACUUGCUGGUGUUUUCUAGCUUACUAUUUAAUGCCUGUUGUAAGAGCCCUAUCUUUAGUACAUCUACAAUUAUACAAUCUGGUAAAUAUGUAAAAAAUUAAUGUAAAUAACAUGUGGUAACAUAAAUGAAACAAGAAAUAAAUAAAAGCCUUGGUCCAAUUAAUUUACAGA